AUGCAGGUGGCAAAGAAAUCAGCAGGGAUUCCAAUGGACCCCAUCACCAUGGCUGCUGAGUCAAGAGCGGGGAAACUGGCGGAGAACAAUAUCAUGGGGGCGAUGAUGAGCCCUUAUGAGAUGGUGAGGCAGCUGGGGGCGUGCAACGCGGUGGUGGUGUUCAGCAUGAGCGGCUGCUGCAUGUGCACUGUGGCCAAACGCCUCCUCUUCAGCCUCGGGGUUGGCCCCUCCAUCAUCGAGCUCGACGAGCACGUGGCUGGGGCAGACAUCCAGGCCGUCCUGUACGAGCUGGCGGUAGACGGCCAGCAGCCGAUACCGGCCGUGUUCGUGGGAGGGAAGUUCUUAGGUGGCGUGCAAGCGCUCAUGGGUUGCCACAUCAAUGGCACCCUCGUCCCUCUCCUCAAAGACUCCGGUGCUCUCUGGCUCUGA